UAAAAUCUAAGAAUACCGAUGUUACAAGGUUAAUGAUGUAACCUGCAGUUGCAAUACUCUGUACCAAUAGAAUUUUAAAAAGUAAAUAAUAUAAUCGAGUGAUCAUGUCAUUGAAUAUCUCAGAUAAUGUUCAAUAUGUAGUAUUAUCAGAAUUUUAACGUUUAUGUACAUAUGUGUAAUGUGAGACAUGUAAUACGAGAUACGCAAGUGCACGAAUAUAUGUGUUUGUUAUGAAGCAUGUGUUUCGAAAGUUAUUAUUGAUAUAUAUUAUCGUUGCGAUUAUAAUUACGAUUAUUACGAAUGUUAUCGUUGAUUUCGGCAUUGGACUUCGCUUCCGCACAUGAAACUCAUUAUUUGAAGUGUAAUUUUUGCGAAUGAUUUUCAUUGAAUGUUACACGAAGAUUUCUUAGGCCCGUGGGGCCUGUUAAUUGUAAUUGUGGUAGGAGUAGGACUCAUCCUGAUCGCGUUGCUCCUAUUCGUCUGUUUUCUCAUGCCCGGUUGUAUCGGCUAUGAAUGCUUCGGAAAACAACGCAAAGAAGUUAAGAGCGUGCAAACGAAGAAUCAAGAGAAGGAGAACUUAAAAUUAAAUGACGUCAGUUAUAGGUCUUGGAGACUCGGUAGUCUAUAUGAAAAUGACAAUAAUGGUACUAUUAGUGAGAAUGCAGAAUCUCAGAGAAACUCGUUCAGUUUUACCACUCAGUAUAAAAAUAUGGACUGUUCUUCUACACUGAAUUUGAUUUAUCCAGAUAAACAGAAAAAUGAUAAAAAGAUGAAAGAGUUUCCAAUCGAAUUGACAAUGAGCUUGCAAUAUUUGCCGCCCUGUGAUAAUAUUAUCUCCGGAAAGCUCGUUAUCGGUAUUGAAGCGCUAUGUGGUCUUCCUCCAAAACAAUAUAACGGUACAUUGGAACCUUACGUUGCAUUGAAUAUUAUGAAACAAUCAUGGAGCUAUAAAAAGCGGCAAAAAUUGCAUAGUUUUAGAACAAGAGGCAUCAAGCAUACCGCCAGUCCGAUUUACAAAGAGACUUUUGUUAUUGCAAACAUAAAGCCACAGGAAGCUAAGGAAUGGAUAUUAGAUAUCAUUGCGUAUGAUCAUGACAGAUACGCAAAUCACACAGAAUUAUGUUCGCUUAAGAUAUUGCUAAAAGAUAUGAAGAAGAUAUUUUACAGCCCGGAAAUUCACAUGUUUAAUUAUAAAAUGAAGCCGUCUUAUCAGUAUUACAAUUUAGUAAAUAAGUACGCGGUCCCGCCACGAGAGAGAUAUGCUUCUCAUAAGGAGAAAACAUCCAGGAGUUCUAUAAGGACGUAAAUCGAGUUAACGGGUCUUUGGAGAUCCCUUUUUUUGGAUGCACUUCUUAGGCAUCCGAAUAUUUUUUGAUC